CCAAAAGAUUGCCGCGCUUAGUUAAAGUACUCAUAGACAGGCGUGUCGACCCAUGACCUUGCUACGGUCAAAGGCAAAGAAUACAAUACUCACUAGGCCCGAGGCCUUCGAUCGAGUGGAAAGUGGUUCGCCGUAUCGCAGGACGUCCGUUAAGGGGUAAUGACCUACGACAGAGAGCAAGAAUGAGAUAUGAGGAGUAGACCAAAGUCGCGGUCUGUCAUUCUAUUUACACCUUAUUCCGUGUAAAAGAGAAAGAUGUCCUUCAAACCUUCAAGAAAAGAGCGUACUCCCAUCUUAAAGGCCAGCAACGCGCUUACAACCCCUCUGGUGUUGCAGGUGUCCAUGGCCGGCGGUAAUCGCUUAGCAUCAGGUGAUCCGUCUGCUCGUUUGCCUUCUGUAUCAUAAAAAAAUUACAUGUCCUUGUGCUACCGUAGCACAACCGGAACGAUGUCGAACUAUUAUUUAUAGCUGCCAACUGGACACUUUAGCUACAGUUCUCCCAUAAGAUAAUGUUCUCCUUACCUCUACCCUUCAUAUCCGUGACAAUAGAGAUCAAUAGAGAUUUUCGGCGCUUAUAUUUAUCCCAUGAGGAUUGCGCUUCGACGUGUUUAUCUUUUUUUAUAUUAUUGUAUAUCCAGGUCGACAAAGUUUCUCUCGCCGCACAUCACGUGCCCCGCCGUACGCCGGCUUGCGCGGGUCAACUCCAUCCACCACAGUAGCACCUCCAAGGUCGCCGUUCCACUACGUUAGGCCGAAAGCUCUAGAGUACAUUGAACUUGGUAUAGUUAGUAUUUCUUCCCCAUUAAGUAAGUUACUCAGGUAGAUGUAGAUGUAGAGCAGGGAUGUCCGGCCAGAAGCAAGCGGGCUGUCGAUCGCUCGAUGCGUUCAUUCAGCCCAAUUCCCUGAAGUUGGAGCUAUGAGUUACUGUCACGGCAGCAUUCCUACACUAUUCUCCUGAAAUCUUCUCGUUUUCCUGCAGAACAGAAGGACAUCUUUAUGUUCGGCAUCGCAUCGCAUACAUAAUACAUUCUGCUAGUAAAGCCAACCUGGUCUCCUCCUUACCACAAUGUGGACAGGAGACGUCUCUACUUAUGCCCAUUAUCUUAAUAUGUCUAUUAAGAGUGUUAUGACCAGUAAUAAUACCAGUCAGUAGUCUCAGACUGCUCUUAUGUACCUAUUUUCAAAAGUUUACUCGUUCUCCUAUGAUCUAUACCACUUAUCAUCAUCUUUGACUGUCUGCAUCCAGUCUCUUCUUCCCAUUAUCUCUAUGCCUCCUUCACUUUUACUUUUUCUAGAACUCCCUUCGCGACAUAGACAAACCUGGUUCUGGACCAAUGUAUUCCGUCUCCUUCUCAUUUCCAGUUACUCCCUAAUGCCCCGGUACCCAUGCCACCGUGACAUUUCUUUGCUUGCCUAUCGAGUUUAGCUCCUCUUUGCAUUCUCUCACCGGAAUGGAGGUGACCGAUAUCUUGGUGCUUUCAGUGCUGUCUAUCUGUGUAAGUACUGGUAGGUGCCAAUAUAUUUCUAGAAACAUAGAAAUAUAACAUUUAUAUUUAAGCGAGAUAGCAUAUAGCAUAUGAUAAUUAUUUUUAUUGAGGAAAACAUAGCAAGAAACCCAGGCUAGCCCCAAAAAGCCCGUCUCCCCUCUGAGUUUAAAGGUCAAAAAGCAAACACGACUAUAAUUACUUAUACCUAGUGUAUGCGCCAAUUCUUGGGAUUAGGUCGGUAAAGCGGUCGUCGGCCUCCUCUCGGAUGCAGUCGGGAAAGGAAAAAACGUUAUGUUGGUAAAUAAAAAGGCCAAAUACAACAAUAGGUAAGUAUUUUGGUAAGUAUGCUUAGAUACUUUUUGUAUUCAGAACUUUUUUCAUAACAUUUACCUGACGUUACGUUUAAUGUAGUGAUAAUGACAGAACUUAUAAAAAAAUAAGGACUCACAUUUUCGCAGGCUCUCCCGUCCACAAACUCUGUAAGAUACGCACAAGAUCGGGCACUUAUGAGUUUGCGCAGGUUACAUUGUUAUUGCCACUUGUUGGGCGCCAGAGCUCAGUGCGCGUGGAGCGGCCGCCCUCGCCCCCGUGCCGUCGGUCCCGCGACCCCGCCAACUUUGCACGAUACGCGAUGUGCAAGUGAAGUGAUUUGUUGGAGUCAUGUCGAGAAGGAAACAGGCGAAACCGAGAUCGUUGAAACCGGAAGAAGAGGGGUGGGAUGAAGAAGGCGAAGUGGGGAGCGAGGAAGAGACUGACGCAGAAGACGCCGCCGACGGCGAGGAGUUGGCCAAUGAUGAGGUCAGCGACGAGAAUGACGAGGAUGAGAACAAGGUGGAAGAUGCAGACGAAUCUAAUGUUGGAGAUGUCUUCGAAGAUACCGGAGAUGCGGAGGAAAAUCAAAUGGAUACAUUCGAUCGAUGGGAAGCUGAAACGGCUGACGGAAUUGAUAUUAAAUCAGAGGAUGCGGACAGCAUGGAAUCAGAGGCGCUGGGCAGCGUGGGCAGCACGGCGGGCAGCUCGUGGCCGUCGUCGACGCCGGAGCCGUCGCCGUCGCCGACGACGGACGCCGCCGAGCCUGGCGACGCCGAUACCGAGCCGCCGUUCACACUCGGCGCCACCGAGCACACGCCCUACCAGUGCCAGUUCUGUGACAAGGCCUUCCCGAGGCUGUCCUAUCUUAAGAAACAUGAACAGACCCAUUCGGAUCAAAUGCCGUUCCGCUGUGAGUUCUGCUCACGGCACUUCAAGCACAAGAGGUCCCGCGACCGCCACGUGAAGCUGCACACCGGCGACCGCAAGUACCGCUGUCCGCACUGCGAGUCCGCCUUCUCCAGGAGCGAUCACUUAAAGAUUCACAUGAAGACCCACGACAUUCAGAAGCCUUUCCAAUGCACCGUGUGCAACCGGGGCUACAACACCGCGGCGGCGCUCACGUCGCAUAUGCAGGGCCACAAGCGCGACCGCGAGGGCCGGGAGACCGACCGGCGGCGCGCACUACGCUGUCCGCGGUGCGGGGACGCCUUCCGCAGGACUGACCUCUUACAGGCUCACAUGACCAGCGCCCACGGCGUUGACGCAGCGGCGCUCACUCCCCCGCGACGCGUCGCCUCGCAGCCGCCACCCACGCUCCUCGCCUGCAUCUAUUGCACACGAGACACCUUCACAAGCAUGGAGCAGUUGCAAUUACACGUCCGAGCCGCUCAUUCAGCCUUACUCAAUGGUGAAACCCCUUCAGACCAGAUCGUCGAACAACCAGCGCCUACUGAUCUCAGCAGAAGAGCUGAAGAACCGUCGGUCAAGCGUCGACGCUCGGAUUCUGCAACGCCCCAACUGGCUUUGUCGCCUGGAACUCUUCUCUGCAAUCAAUGCGACGCGGCCCUCCCUGACUUUGAAGCAUUUCGCGCACAUUUGAAAGGUCACCUUGAAGAGGGUGGGGAGUUGAAUCGGUCUAGCCCAACGCCGUGUCCUCACUGCGGGGCCUCUUUCGCUGAUGCGGCGGCUUCGGAGCGUCAUCUCGCGGCACACUAUCUGGCGGUGUCCUGCGAAUACACGUGUCACAGCUGCGCGCGCAGUUUUCCUACGCCGGAUGACUUGCAAAAGCAUCUACUGGACCUGCACGCUCAUCACCUUUACCGCUGUUCUCUUUGCAAGGAAAUCUUCGACUCAAAAGUAGCCAUUCAGGUGCACUUCGCGGUGGCGCACAGCGGCGAGAGCAAAGUGUGGGUGUGCCGGUCAUGCGGCGGCUCGCCGCUGCGCUCGGAGGCGGAGGGCGCGGCGCACGUGCGCGCGCGGCACGGCGCGGCGCGCUGCCCGUGCGGCGCCGUGCUGGCGGGCGCGCGCGCGCUGCGGGCCCACGCGCAGCUGCACGCCUACCGCUGCCCCGCGCCCGGCUGCGCCGACUCCUUCGCCGUGCAGUACCUUCUCGAGAGGCAUAUGCAGGCGCACCACGCCGUCACACCCCAGGGUCUGAAUGGUGAAAGCACGCGACCAAAGCGAGUGGAAAACAACAACUCUGGCGACGGCGCGGACGGCGCUUGCUCGCCGUGCGCCGGGGGCGAGGCUGGCGGCGACGAGCGCCGCCGCAAGAACGGCGCCGUCGCGCUGCAGUGCGCCUACUGCGGCGAGCGCACGCGCUCCCGCGCCGAGCUGGAGGCGCACACGCGCGCGCACUCGGGCGCCGCCGCCGCCAGGCACAAGUGCCUCAUCUGCGACGAGAUCCUGCCCUCCGCUGCCGUGCUCGCCGAGCACAAACUCACGCAUUGCAAGGUAGUAGCGGGUGACACGUGCGCUCGAUGCCGCGCGCGACUGCCGUCCGAGGAGUCUUUCCUGAGCCAUAUGGCGCGCCACCACCCUGCGUUGCCCGCUCCGUGCGUCGUGUGCCGCCAGACGCUCGCGUCCGAGGCGGAGGCGCGCCUGCACGCGCGUUUCCACCUGCGUUGCUCUGGCGACGAACAGCGCUGCGCUAUUUGUCUACGCGCGCUGCCCGACGGCGAGGCCGGCGCCGGAGCGCGCGCCUGCGCCGCAUGCUACGCGCGUCACGCCGCGCCGCGCGCUCCUCCGCCCGCCGACCACGACUGUCGCCUCUGUCGUCGUGCGCUCGGUUCGCCCACACGUCUGCAAGCUCACCUUAUUGAACACACGUUCGCGGGCAUCGGCGCAUUCACCUGCUACCUUUGCUCCGCCGUAUUCACCAGCGCGGCCGGCCUGCAGCGCCACCUACCCGAGCACGCGUCCGCGCCGCGUCCUUACGACUGCGCGCGCUGCGGCCUCAAGUUCUUCUUCCGCGCGGAGCUCGACAACCACUCGUUUGUUCACCUGGAGGAGGCGGAAAUAGCGCAACGAGCGUUCUAUGAAGCGUACGCGCGCGGCGCGGCUUCGGCGUGGGCCGCGCUGGCCCCGCCGGAGCCGGCGCCGACGCCCGCCGCCGAGCCGGACGGGCCCGUCAAGCGCGAGCCCGAGGUGAAGGAGGAGAAGACGGACGAGUACAUCGAGGUGGGCUCGCCGCCGCCGCCGCCCUCGCCGCCGCCGGCCGAGCCCGUCGUGAAGCAGGAGAAGCCCGACGAAGACUGAAGGGUCCGUCGACCUAUUUCGUCCGUGACGCGGGCCCAUCCCCGCUGCAAUACUAGAUUACGUCCCGACUAGCUUAUGUUAGAUAGAUAGUUAUGUUAAAGUUAAUAAUAUAAUAAUCGUUGAAAUUUUGCGUUUAGAACGCCGUAUUUUCAGUAAGUAAAAAAUAGUAUCAUUAUGUUGAUUAAGUGAUGUAUGUUUUAUAAUGUUUACAUGGCUAUUUGUAAAAAAUGUUAAUUUAAUAAAUUAUCCUGUUAAGCUUCAUUUAUCUACGCGAA